AUGACCAAUAAGUUCAAUUUGAAACUACCGACCCCCGACACAAAUAAUAAUGAAAAUGAGGAACUCAUCAAUAUUCUACCGUCUUAUCAAAUGUAUAGAAAUACAAUCACCAAAAAUUUGACACCAACAAUUGAAGAUCUCAGGCUAGCCCCACCUUGUUAUACUCCAAAUUCUGCCCCACUGGAUGAUUAUUUUGCAUCUCAACCCACAUCACCUGAGCCUGAGCUUGAAGUAGAAGAAGAUAAAGAAACAAUACUUGAAAAUGCUCACAAACUAAAGCGACUAAGCUCUACAAAUAAAGAUAUCUCAAAGUCAUUGGAAGUGAAAAUUUAUUUGACUAAAUCAAUUGGAAAAGCAGGUGAACCAUAUAAAAUUAUAGACCCAUUGAGCUAUGAGUUCAAACAAGGAGAUUUUGUUUAUGGAUUUGUAUUAGUAACGAAUAAAACAAAAGUGGAUGUACCAUUUGACAUGUUUUCAGUACAAUUAGAGGGAACAGCAACUUUUGGCAAAACGAAUAGCACAUUAGUUGAUCAACCAGCUCACAUUUUAAGAUUUUUGACCAUGUUUGAUUUUAAUGCGUCAUGGAAUGAUGCGUUUUUAGACAGAUUUAUUUCAGACAAUAAUGAUCCUCAUGCAUUGGACCCUCAUUCCACAUUCGAUUCUACCGAUAAUACAUAUUUCCAUCUUAACCCAAAGAAGAUAUUUGAACCUGGAGUAACAUAUAAAAAGUUUUUCACAUUCAAGAUACCAGAAAGAUUGCUAGAAAAUAAUUGUGAACAAUCUUUAAUAAAGCAUUUACAAUUACCGCCAACGUUAGGAAUUAGCAAGAAUGAAGUUAUAAGCUCAUUACGACAUAAAUGGAAAGACCAAGAUAUCCAGGUUGAGGAUUUGAUUAAUAAAAAGUACAAGUAUGCAUCAUUGACAAAUGAUUUUUCCUUCACCGACACUUCCAUCAGUUACGCUAUCAGUGCUAGAGUUAUUGGUAGAAUUAAUUGUUAUACAAGUUUGAUAGGAACUGCAAAUAAUGUAAUCAGUAAUAAAGAUGAGUACGUAGUUGCAAAUGAAGAUUACAAAUAUAUUAGAGUGAUACCAAUCAUGCCGGAGGUGUUUUCGUUGAACAGAUCGAUGAUCCAUCAAGAAGCUAGACUUCUUUAUACAGCUAUGGUUGAUAAUAUUAAGGAAAAGAUAAACCAGGGAAGAGACAUGCUACAACAUACGAACGCAUUGAGUCCAAUGACGAGUGCCGGAUCUUUGACAUCUUUAAGAGAAGAGCCAAAUGCAUCUAUAGGUUCAGUCAUGGAAGAAUCAAACUCAUUACAUCCAAGCACGAGUACAACGGAACUAUCUAAAAUGCAACAGUCAUACUAUUCAAAAGUUAAUAUCAACUCAAGAAAUGUCAAAAAUCUGGAAGUUUACGAAGUGUUUUAUCCAAUAAAAAAGAAAUCAAUGUUUGGGGCAUCAAAAGUUACUGGACUUAUGGCUUUCUCAACUCCUAAAAAAGAAUAUAAUGUGGAAUAUAACCCACUACCUUAA